AUGAAUUCACUUAAGAAUUUGAAUACAAAUGAAUAAGUUUUCUUAUAGAAAAUAUAAAUUUAUUAUUUAUCGUUUUUAUUUUAUAAAUAAUAUAUGAGUUCACUCAUUAUGUAUGAAGAUGAAGCGAUUGAUCAUUAUAAUGAGUAUUUGAUGAGUAAAAGAAAAGAAGUAACGGAAAUAAAGAAUUAUAAAUUCAAUGGAAAAUUCAAUUCAAAGCCAACGAAGGCAUUCAAAUUAAAAAAUAAGAAAAUACAUUAUUUAACAUAAUCACAGAUAUUAGCAUUAGUAGUAUUAACAUUUGCAGUUGAGUAUGGUAUUUAUACACGUAUAGAGAGGGUUUGCAAUUGAGAUGGUUUUCAUUUCUCCAUUGUUUUUGAAAUUAGACACUCCAGAACUUUUAGACUCUUCAAUGUAAUAAAUUACUAUAAUAAUUCAGUUGGUUAUUUCCUCCUGUAAUUAAUUUAAUACUCUAUCCUUUUAUUCGAUAUUAUAGUGAAAGCAAAUCACAUUAAUUAAAAAACGCAAUGAUUUAUUUUAUAAUUGUUUCCAUAAUGGGAAUAGGACUAUUAGCAGAUACAAAGUAAAAUGUUUAAAUAAAUUUAGAUCAUUAUAUGUGGAUUCAAUUAAUAAAAAAACAUCAGUCCUUAUAAUUUCAAUAGUAAGCUUUACAGUUAUGGAUGUUGGUUUAGAGAUGCUUGGAGUAUUUAUAUUUAAUUAUAUAUAUAGUUUGCUUGUUCGGCAUUGUUAGAAGAUUAUGUAAAUCCAAAAUAAUAGUAAAAAGUUUAGUAAUACAGAACAUUUGUAGAUUCAUUUGGUAAAUUUACAGGAUUCCUAGUAUCAAGUGUCUUAGCAUUCAAUUUUAUUUAUUUAAACUUUGAUAAUUUUAUUGAAAAUUUAUCAUUUGCCUAUUUGGUAGGAUUGAUAAUGAUAUUGAUUGGUUUUGGAAUGGUUUUAAUAUCAUUUCCACGAAAAGGAUUAGAUUUAGUAUAAUCAAAUCACAAAAUGAGAUUUAGUAUCAAUUCAUUUUUGCCUGGAAUUACAUUUUUAUUGUAAAUAUCUUAAUAAUAUAUUUAAGUUAAUUACCUUAAAAUAUGAAGAUAUUUUUAUUAUCCCAUUUUUUCACUUGUGGUUCUUAAUUGUUUGUAUCUGUCUAUGCAACUUUAUGGUCAGGCAUUACAAUGUUAGAAGAAGGUCCUCAAUAAUACAAUGAAGCAAUAAGGAAUAUUGUAUUUGAUAUAGGAAUAAGCUGGGGUAUUGUUUAAAUAUUAUACAGAGGGGCUUUGGCAUUGUGUAUGAGUGCUAUACUUCAUCUAUUGACAACUUUGUUUUUAAAAUAAUUGGGUAAUCGUUACACAAGUACAAUUUAUAUGAUUGUGAAUGCAUUGGCUGGGGCAUCACUAUUAUAUACUUGGUCAGUUAAUGAAUUUUAUUCUAUUUUUAUCACUCUUCCAUUUUGGGGAGUACAAACUGCUGUCUUGAGUGAAUUACCUUAUAAAUUAGCAAACCAAUUAGAGGAUGAUGUAAAUAUUAAAGGAUUAUAUUCAUUAGUAAGUUAGAGAUACAAUCAAAGGACUCUUACCUUAAAUGCUUAAUUUAACAACCUUUUUUUCUUAAGCAUUUAUGUUUUUCAUUAUUCCAUUAGGUUUUUUAUUGUUUUCUAGUGUUGAUGAUAUAUCAGUAAGUAUGUUCAUGAGUGGGAUUUUCAGUUUAAUAGGAUCAUUUUUAGUUUGCUUUUUAUGA